AUGGCUGUACCCUACUCACUGGGCCCCAUCCCUCCCGGGCCAUACGGCCCUGGCGGAUGGUACCUGAGGGCAAAUCUAUACCCAUGUGGCUUCCCUGGAGACCUCGGUGCUGCAGCUCUGGGCGCCAGGAAGGGGGAGGCAGGAUCGGGGAGGAGGGACCCUGUCCCGCGUGGCACCACCUUGUGCCUGGGUCCCCUGCAGAGCCCCUUCCCUAACUUGGCUCUCGCCUUCCACCCCUGGCCAGCUGGGCCUGGGCCCCUCUCUCGGCCCAGCUCCCCCAGCAACAGCAGCGAGGAGGAGCCGGACCCUCGGGACCCACUGCUGGCCCGGGCUGAGCUGGCCCUGCUCUCGACAGUUUUUGUGGCUGUGACCCUGAGCAAUGGCCUGGUGCUGGGCGCUCUGGUGCGGCGGGGGCGGCGGGGCCACUGGGCGCCCAUGCACAUCUUCAUCGGUCACUUGUGCCUGGCUGACCUGGCAGUGGCCUUGUUCCAAGUGCUACCCCAAUUGGCGUGGGAUGCCACUGACCGCUUCUGGGGGCCAGACGUCUUGUGCCGGGCCGUCAAAUACCUGCAGAUGGUGGGCAUGUAUGCCUCCUCCUACAUGAUCCUGGCCAUGACCCUGGACCGACACCGUGCCAUCUGCCGCCCCAUGCUGGCCUACCGCCAUGGUGGCGGGGCUCGCUGGAACCGGCCGGUACUGGUUGCCUGGGCCUGCUCACUCCUCCUCAGCCUGCCACAGCUCUUCAUCUUCGCUCAGCGCGACGUGGGGGACGGCAGUGGCGUCCUCGACUGCUGGGCCCGUUUUGCUGAGCCCUGGGGCCUCCGUGCCUAUGUCACCUGGAUCGCCCUAAUGGUGUUUGUGGCUCCUGCCCUGGGCAUUGCUGCCUGCCAGGUGCUCAUCUUCCGGGAGAUUCAUGCCAGCCUGGUGCCAGGGCCAUCAGAGAGGGCUAGGGGGCGGCGCAGCAGGCACCGGCCAGGCGGCCCCAGCGAGGGAGCCCGAGUGUCGGCAGCUAUGGCCAAGACCGUGAGAAUGACAUUGGUGAUCGUGAUCGUGUAUGUGCUGUGCUGGGCCCCCUUCUUCCUUGUGCAGCUGUGGGCAGCGUGGGACCCAGAGGCCCCUCGGGAAGGGCCCCCCUUCGUGCUGCUCAUGCUGCUGGCCAGCCUCAACAGCUGCACCAACCCCUGGAUCUACGCCUCCUUCAGCAGCAGUGUCUCCUCGGAGCUUCGCAGCCUGUUGUGCUGCAGCGGCCGGAGGCGCGCCCCUCCCAGCCUGGGGCCCCAGGAUGAGUCCUGUGCUACGGCCAGCUCCUCCCUGGCCAAGGAGCGGUCCUUCUAAGGAGCCAGGAGGAGAAGGGGACCCAGUGGGAUUGCGCCAGUGCCUUGGGACCAGUCGCGGCCACCUGUGUGGCCCUGGGCGAGCCCUGGC